CCGCAGCAAUCUAUUCUCCCGACGGGAAAUUAAUUGUCGUCACGGGUUGUUGGACAGAAAUGUGGCUUUCUGCACGCGAAACACUUGCGUAACCGAACGCUCGUUAUAGUUGACGUCUGUAUUUCCUCGGGUGACAGACGCACUCGGCCGCGAGACGGACGCCUGCUAUGUGCGCAUGCGCGACGGACACGUGCGCGGCGGUCGGCGGAGGCGCCGGCGCGCUGUUCGCGCAGCUGCUGGCGGCCGUGGCGCACGCGCAGUGCGCGCUGGCGGACCGCGGCGCCUACCCGCCGGACGCGGCGCGCCCGCUGCCGGAGUACGACUUCGUGGUGGUGGGCGCCGGGUCUGCCGGGUCCGCGGUGGCCGCGCGCCUUUCGGAGGAGCCCGCCUGGACGGUGCUGCUGCUGGAGGCCGGCGGAGACCCGCCGCCCACCGCCGACGUGCCCCUCCUCUUCCCUGCCCUGCAGAAGACCGAGGCGGAUUGGUCGUACCUGACAGAACCAGAUGGGCGCAGUUGCUUGGCACACAAAGAUGGAAGGUGCGCAUGGCCACGGGGCAAGACGCUGGGUGGUUCGAGCGUGCUCAACGCCAUGAUGUACGUGAGGGGCAGCCCGCAGGACUACGAUGGCUGGGCGUCGCUCGGCAACGACGGCUGGUCCUACGAGGAGGUGCUGCCCUUCUUCAAGAAGCUGGAGGCCUUCGACGAGGAGGAGCUGGAGCGGAGGCCGCACGUGGCAGCCGUACACGGGCGCCAUGGGGCCAUCCGCGUGUCGAAGCCGGCGCGUCUCGAUCCCGCUUAUGGCGCUUUGGACGCUGCCGCCACAGAGCUGGGCUUCAGAAUCAUCGAAGACUACAGCGCCGAGCCGAUGGUGGGUUUCGGACAAAUACACUGCUCUAUAAAGAACGGAACGAGAUGGAACGCCGCUCUCGGGUACCUCGCACCUGCCAAAGAGAGGGUCAACCUGCACGUCGUAAAGUCCGCUUACGUAACGAAGAUACUGAUUCGGACCGACACGCAAAGUGCGUACGGGGUGCAGUUUGUUAAAGACGGAAAGGUACGGGAAGUUAGAGCGAAGAAGGAAGUAAUUGUGUCAGCAGGAGCUAUCAACACACCUCACAUACUAAUGCAUUCCGGUAUCGGACCAAAGUCGCAUUUGGAAGAAGUCGGUAUAACAGUGAUAACGGACCUCAGAGUAGGGUACAACCUGCAGGAUCACUUGUCGUAUGCCGGGCUCUACUACACGAGGAAGCCGUCGGCGGGAAAAACGUUAGAAGAGUCCGUGUUCGAAUACCUGAUGAACAGGACAGGUAUACUGUCGACGACAGGCCUUACUUCUUACACGGGAUUUAUCCAGACGCGGCGCGCACUGCACAGCAUUCCAGGUUUUCCCGAGGUAGACCCGGCCGGCUACCCAGAUAUACAGCUGAUUUUUGUCUCUGUUGACAGUUCUACAGCCAGCUUACUAGCAGACAUCUUCAACUAUAAGGAAGAGGCGACACUCGCUCUGAAAAAUCUGACGGCGAGCGAGGACGCGGUGAUGGUGAUGACGACGCUGCUGGCGCCGCGGAGCCGAGGUCGCGUCAGGCUUAGGAGUGCCGAACCGCUGGACCCGCCGCUGAUCGAGACCGGCUACCUAGCCGAUCCGCGAGACCUCGAGACGCUACUGGACGGCGUGGAGCUGAGCCACCGCUUGGGUUCCGCGGAGGCGAUGCGGGCGGCUGGCUACGGCGUCAGGGACCUCCCCUUGAGGGAGUGCGGGCGUCAGGCCCGGGGAGGCCGCGACUACUGGAGCUGCGCCGCGCCCCACCUCGGCGCCACCGUCUACCAUCCGGUGGGCACCGCCAAGAUGGGACCCUCCAGCGACGCUGGCGCCGUCGUCGACUCGCGCCUCAGGGUGCACGGGGUACGAGGCCUGCGCGUCGCCGACGCCUCCGUCAUGCCUCUGAUAGUGCGCUGCAACACCAACGUGCCGUCCAUCAUGAUCGGGGAGAAGUGCGCCCACAUGGUGGCCGAGGACUGGCGCCAGCGCGGAGAGCAGUGAGGGGGCCGACUCGGCUGGGGAAGGGCAGCCGUGUAGGCGGGCAGCAAGAUGAAACGCAGGGGGGGCUCACGCCAAAUUCCUCAUGGCAGCGUCAGUAAUGGGGACAAUCAUCGCAAGUUGGAUCGCAUUUUCAAUACGCAGUUUGCUGAGGAACUUUGGAUCUGGCAGAGAUGGGGACUACUUAUAACAAAUGUACUCGGACGACAGUUUCGAUUCUAUAUUGAUAUCAAAGACGUGGUUAAAUCCAUCUGUUCCGUUUUCACUGGUAUAUAUGGAGGCCUACACGCUAGUAAGGAAUGAUAUUGUAAGGAACCUAGGCAUCUUUUUUGAUAAACAUUUAACCAGGACAGAGCACAUCGCGAAAAUUUGCUACAGAGUUUUAACAUUGUCCAUGUAGAACCUUAACAACGAAUUAAAAUGCAACUUACAUUCCGUACGUCCGUUUCCUUGGCCGCUUCCUCCCACUUCUCAGCUUUUAGCUUUGUUUUCAAGUAAUCUUCAUGGCAUGUAUACAGAACUUGGCGAACACGUACGCCUCCAAUUAGCUUUUCUUCCAUUUCGAACCACCAACAGCCAGAACCACCGUGAGCCUGCGCAGAGUCACCAAGCGCAGGAACUGCGUCACGUCACGCUGCGCUCUAACGUGCGCAGCACCAUUCAGUUGUGUGGUUCGCAAAAACUCACCGUGAGUCACCCUGCGUCAGCUCACGGACCUGCGUCUCAUCUUGCGACCAGCCUAAAAGACCCUAUCGACGCACGACGUGUGACGUGCACCAGCAUCGGGAUAACAAAGUGACUAACAGCUAGCUGUUUACAGGACAGCUGCCAUAGCAACAGCCAGUCAGAGCUCAAGAUUGGUCACACGUGCUCUCCUGCGCUCUGUAACCUCAGCGACCGGUUACCAGUCAGCUGUGGUUCGGUGUGUUAUGUAAUUGUUGUGGGUUGUUAUCAUGCAGGGGAUUCAGUGAUGGUGUUGCAAACUUUCACUGAUGAUGGACAAGAAUAAAUGUAUCAACCUCAGGUGAGGGAUCCUGAUACGGAAACUAUCGAGUCGAAAGCUGUAGUGAAAAUCGUUCCGAUACCUCUGACAGGAAAAAAAAAAAAAAAAAAAAAAAAAAAAAAAAAAAAAAAAAAAAAAAAAAAAUGUAAUGGGCCGUUAUUGGUAAGAUUGUAGGGGUGUCAACUUUCAGAGGUCAUAGUACGCACGAAAACUAGAACAAAAUGUCCAGUAAACAUGGGCUCUAAAGUACAUACCAGUACCUUAAGAGCGAUGAGCACUUGCUCAUCAUCGCUACUGUCAAACACAUCUAUUCUAGUGAAAAAGUGUUCUUCGCUCUUGUAAUCUUACCCUCCCACAAAUCACCAUUAAACUCCUCUUAGUCUGUUCAUUAUUUCCAUAAGCUUCGAGAGGCGUAAAACAUACAAAGAAAAAGUUUACACUUAUCUUCAUUAUCUUGUUGUUGACUCCAAGUCUGGCGUCUAGGGUGCAUUCUUAAGGCUGUAAUUUUUAUAAUGUUGCGGGUUGUUGUCGAACUCAAUAACUGAUGAAGAUUUGCUUGUAGCUAUGGAUAUCUUUUUAUUUUAUCCCAUUCUUCAAAAUCAUUCCGAUUUUAAAAUCUUCAUUUCAGAACACUAAUUCACAUUGUUGUUGACAACAUUAGCCAAAUACGCGCGCUUCCAUCAGAGCCAUACCCACUAUAACAUUCUGCGGUACUCACAAUAUUCCAAAGAGUUUACAAACUUUCUUGACCAAAGAAGAAUCUUCACCAAGUUAUAUCAUUAUUUUAUAAAUGAGUCCAGGAAUACCUUUAAUAAUUAUUGUCAGGUGUUGCAGUUAAUAAUAUGAAUUUUAAGAAAACCAUAAAUUUCGUAAUUUCAAGUAUUUUUAAAAGAAGAGUAAUUUUAAUUGUACGUACAUAGUACUAACGAAUUAAUAUCUAUUUACAUAUUUUAGCUCGAAACAUAAACACGUCAUAUACAGAAUCAUAUGAAGUUGAUUCAGUUAAACAUCUGACGUAAUGCUCACCUAUACAAGAAUCGACAGUAUACAUGGUACCGGUUAUCUCUAAAUAAAAAGGGUAAUGUUAGAAGAGGGUGACGCUACACUCUUAAGGCACUGGUUCAUUGUCGCUACUGCCAAACACAUUUCUUCUAGCGAAAGAGUCCUCAUAGCUCUUAAGGACUUGUUCAUCGUCACUGCUGCCGAACACAUGUCUUUUAACGAAAAAGUCCUCAUAGCUCUUAAUGACUUGUUCAUCGUCGCUACUGCCAAACACGCAUCUUCUAGCGAAAGAUCCCUCAUAGCUUUUAAUGACUUGUUCAUCGUCGCUACUGCCAAACGCAUCUCUUCUAGAAAAAAAAAAUGCUCAUAGCUCUUAAGGUUUGCAUUUUAGAGCCUACAUUUACUGGACUUUUUUCUUGUUUGGGUCUAUACAUCUUCUUCAAAAAUGUGGAAAUCAUAGAGUUUGCUGUAAAAGAGGUGUCCACCCCCGUAGCUGAGUGGUCAGCGUUACAGAAUCUCAAUCUUAGGGGCCCGGAUCCGAUUCCCGGCUGGGUCGGAGAUUUUCUCCGCUCAGGGACUGGGUGUUGUGUUGUCCUAAUCAUCAUUUCAUCCCCAUCGACGCGCAAGUCGCAGAAGUGGCGUCAAAUUGAAUGAGUUGCACCCGGCGAACGGUCUACCCGCCGGGAAGCCCUAGUCACAGGACAUUGUUAAUAGUGAAAGAGGUGAGUCUCACAGUGUCCAAGAGGAAAAAUGCUCAUAGCUAUUAAGGUAUGCAUUUCAGGGACCACUUUUCUGCUUCUUUUGCUCGAUACUACCACCUCUGAAAGUUGCCUAUCCUGCAGUUUUAGUGACAACAAUAUCAGUACAUGUGUUCCAGACACAUCAGAACGAUUUUCGCAUAUAACUGUCGAGUCGGACGUUUCCGGACCAGGGUCUCUUGCCUUACAUUGACACAUCUACCCUUCUCCGUCAUUCCUGAAAGUUUGUAAAAUCAUCAGGAAUCACGCUAUGUACUUCGUUUCUCUGGAUGGUAUGUUCCUUUUAUGGAAUAUCAGAAGCUAACAGUGCAACAGUUGCCUCGACAGUGACCAGAUUAUUAGGAUCAUGCAAUGCGAGCUUCAUACUGCUCGUUAAUGCCGAACGUAUGAAUGUUCUCAGUACAGAACUCGAGCUGCCGCAGUUACCACAGCCGUACUGCGCUUGCGCGUAAUGACAAACCGAUAACAUGCUCCUUUUCCAAGUUCAACUGUCACUUUGUUGCUCCGAUCCAGAUACAGGCUUGUGUUCUCCACCAAUAUUGCUUAUUGUUACAACUAUAACCUUUCCGAUGGGUAUGCACUCUAAGAACGUCACAUUCUAUCAGCUUCCAUCUUUUGAAAGCUGGCCAUUUCGUCAGAAAAAAAAAACAAUUUAUUGACACCAAACUUAAUGUGCAAAUUGCUAUGUAUAGAGAAUCAAAUAUAAUAAAGAAAUGUGUAUAACACCUGCGUGUUUGUUCUAGUAAUUCAUUUCAAAUUUAAGAUGUAUUCGAAUGGUGAUUAUAACGUAAAAUG